UGGACAGGUAGACAUGUGGACAGGUAAAGAGACAGAUAAGUGGACAGGUAGACAUGUGGACAGGUAAAGAGACAGAUAAGUGGACAGGUAGACAUGUGGACAGGUAAAGAGACAGAUAAGUGGACAGGUAGACAUGUGGACAGGUAAGUCACAGCUGGUUUUUAGGCAAAGGAAGAGCGCGUGUCCGUGUUAAAGGGGAAGUGAGCGCGUGAGCGCACGGAUCCGGGAGCACUGUGCAGCACACGAGCGGAAAAGUCUGACGAUGGAGGAGGCGGGAGCAAAAGGAAGGAGGGAUGAGUGCUGAUAUAAAAAGGAGAGCAGAAAGGACAGAGAGGAGAGGGAGAGAAGUAAACAGCACGUAUUCAGUGUACGGGCGAGCGAUAGUUUAUAAUAAUCCGACUUUUUCUGUAGCAUUUCUAAUCAUACAGGGAAUUAAAUAUUUUUAUUAUUAUCUAUUGUGGAAUUUUAUCAGGCACGAGGAGCAGAGAAGAAACUCGUCAUGCCAUGGAGAGAGAAAAGGGCAUGGAGGGCAUCAGAGUUCACCUGCACGAGCGCGAGCUGUGGAGGAAGUUUCAUGACGUCACCACAGAAAUGAUCAUCACCAAAGCGGGCCGACGAAUGUUCCCGAGUUACAAAGUGAAGGUAACGGGUCUGAACCCCAGAGCUAAAUACAUCCUGCUGAUGGACAUCGUGUCUGCUGAUGAGCACCGCUACAAAUACGCAGAUAACAAAUGGUCAGUGAGUGGGAAAGCAGAUCCCGCUAUUCCGGGUCGACUGUACGUUCAUCCCGACUCUCCUGCACCUGGAGCUCACUGGACCAAACAACUCGUCUCCUUCCAGAAACUCAAACUGACCAACAACCAUCUCGACACCUUCGGCCACAUCAUAUUAAACUCCAUGCAUAAAUACCAGCCCCGGCUGCACAUAGUGAAGGCUGAUGAGAAAAACGGUUUUGGCUCCAGCAGCACGACGUUCUGCACACACUCGUUCCCCGAGACCACCUUCAUCGCCGUCACGUCCUACCAGAACCACACAAUCACUCAGUUGAAGAUCGAGAACAAUCCAUUUGCUAAGGGUUUCCGUGGUAACGACGACAUCGAUAUGCACCGAAUAUCUUGUGCACAGAGUAAAGAAUUCCCGCUGGUACCAAGAACGACAGUUCGCCCGAGAAAUGUCGAUUCAGCCACGCCCUACGCACUUAACCCUGCCCUCAUGUCUGACUACACCUGCUCAGAGCCUCCAGGAAAACGCACUCCUGCAUCAGAAGACAACUGUUUCGCUAAAACUGUCGCUUCGUGUCACCUCCUGACCUAUCAGAUGGAGUUCGGGUCGAGUAACGGAGCCCACUACAGCGCGGAUCCGGUGCAGCGUCAGCCCUGUAUGUACACCAAUGUACAGUGGGAAUCUUACACCGAGUGCCCACCGUAUUCAACGUUUACUUCCUCUCGGGAAGUGGGCGGGGCUUCGUACUCCACCCCUGAACUUUCCCAGGACAUCUACCCACAAUACACCUGUGAAGUGGGCGCGCAGGCGCAUUGCCCGAUGGCUGAUUACGCUCUGUACACGGAGCAGGAGCAGAGUCACAGUGUGAGUAGCGUAGUGGGGUACCCACUUCACUGAGACUAGGCCACGCCUACUUAAUUAAGACUGACAGCUACAGAGGCCACGCCUACUUAAUUAAGACUGACAGCUACAGAGGCCACGCCUACUUCAGCAAGGAUGUCGGACACAAAGGCCUAAUAAUUAAUAAUAUUACGCUAGUAAAAUGAGCUCUUUGUCAUAUUAGACUUUACUGAUACUCACUUUUAAAUGCGUAAAUAUUAAGAUAUUUUCACCUGUUCAACGUUACACCCGUAAAUUUCAGAUUUAGAAAUGAAAAAGCAAUUUUAUGAGUCCAAUAAUUUAUUCACGAAUCUAAAUAACCAGGUUUAAUGCGAUGGAACGACUAGACAAUGUAAAGCUCAUACUUCUAAAGUUCUUGUUUCCAAACAAAACUAGCAAGGGGUUAGCAAGGGGAAUUCUGGGUAAUACACACAUCAGUGCCUGAUAGGGAGAGAGACAGAGAAAGACAGACAGUUAUUUGGGGACAAAAACUAAAAAAAGUUAUUUGGGGACAAAAAAAAAAUAAAGCAAGCUUGUGAAUCACAGAAAAAUGAUUCAGCACUGAACUAACUGAUUCAGCAAUUAAUUACUGAAUCACUUCUAAAUGAAUCUUUGAAUCAGAGAAAUGAUUCCAGCAAUGAAUCUCUGAAUCAUAGAUGAGUGUAACAGCAAUCAAUCGCUGAAUCACAUCUAAAUGAUUCCACAUUCUGAAAUGAAUCUAUGACUCACAGAUAAAUGAACCAGCAAUAAAUCACUGAAUCAUAGACAAAUGAUUCAGAAAUAUGAUUCAACCCCAUAAUUACUGAUAACAAGCUCAGCUAUUAAUUACUGAAUCACUGGUAAAUGGAUCUUUAAUGAAUCUUUAAAUAACAGAGAAAUAAAUAAUAAAUAAUAAUAAAUAAAUCUCUCAAUGACAGAUUGAAUCAAAGGGUGUGUGUGUGUGUGUGUGUGUGUGAAAUAUCUCAGACAAGUAGAUAAACAAGAUGAUUCUGAAUCACUCAGUCUGUUUAUGUUGUAGUUUUGAUUUGAACUAUUUACGGUCAAAUUUUAUUCACCAACAAUCAUACACUCUUUUAAACUGUUUUAUUUUGUACAUAUUUCUUUCCCCAUGAACUGUUUUAAUUGAAUUUGUAUACAGUAGACGUGUCUUGAGGUGCUUGUGUGGCUAAAUAAAGACGAGAAAUUACA